AUGAAAAUUUGCAUAAUAUUACUGGUGAUAUCACUGUCCGCCCUUUCGGAGGCGGCGGGGCGUGGCCGGAGUCACAGUGUUACUUGGGGAGUGAGGAGCUACAGGGACAUGCACCUUCGAAGGGAAAUCAUCACGGAGAAGUCCAAAUUCCUGCGCGUGGUCACUAGGGAUUUCGUUUUCAAUCAAAAAAAACUGCGCCGCACUAUCACCCAAAUCGUGGUUACGGACCAAGUUAGGGAUGGAAAUGGUGGCUUCGCCUACUUGGUUUCUGGUGGACCACAGAGCACUUUUGCCAAAAUCCAUUUGAAGAGUCAACGCAACGAAGGCUUCAGCUUCAUCAUCGACAUCUACGGCAUUUAAUCGCGAAUUUCCCAGCCUUAAUUUAUAUUCCACUCCAUGUGGCUCCCCUACAGAUAGUUUGUUGGCUUAAUGGCCAGCACAUAUUUACCCACUGAAUAUAUAUCCGCAAGCAUACUUAUAUUUG